GAAUACAAGCCGAAAGGAAACGAAUCUCGGGAAACACAGAUUUUCCCAGCCGGCUAACAGUGCUUUGUGUGAUUUUUUUGCCAUAAAACAAAGGGUAGAACUCCGGAAAAGGCCAGAGAGGAGCCAGUGUCAAACCAACAAGCGAAAAGUGAAGAAACUCAUAAAACUAAGCCAGCCACGAAGUUGAGAGUUAUAACAACACUCAUAUGGUAACAGCGAAUUAAAAGAAAUGACCCAAAAUAGCUGGCCGCAGUGAACCGAACCUCCGACGUCAACUGGCAGCCAACGCAAAUGGGUGCACAACACACGGAUACAGACACCUAUACGUACACAGCAGCAAGGGCGGUAGAAGCCUCAGAUCUGACCCCCAAAAAAAGUAGUUCAUCAGCGAUAACCCCGGCCAAGAUGCCACGCCCCAGCCUCGUCUUCAGCCUCCUCACACUGGGCAGCCUGCUGCUGCUGACGAUAGACGCCAGUCCCGUCUUUGUGGAUAAUCCCAGCUUAGCACAGUUCCAAUCUGGUCGAAAUAUCCGUCACCUGCCCUGCAUCGUUCGCAAGUCGGGACGCUCUGGAGUCUGCAUGUUUGCCAUCGAUUGCAUCAAGCAGAAUGGCACGCACCUGGGCACCUGCAUCGAUCGUUUCUACUUUGGCUCGUGCUGUGCGAUGAAGGAGGAAGGCUCGCUCUUCGCGCCGGAGAUCAACGACAACAGCAUCGACCAGAACACCAUUUCCCACUUUGCCCACGAGUCCACCACUUUGCCCACCAGCGCUCUCUUUAAGCUUACCACCGAAAGCAGCUUCUCCAGCAGCAGCAGUGGUGGCAGCACCACCCACCAGCACACCACCAACGAGCUGCUCAAGAACGUCACCCAGUCGUACCUGAGCACCGCCAAGCCGGCACCUGUCCGCACCACCAGCAACCACUCGCUAUCAACCACACGCCGCCCACCGUUGGCCCACACCACCCACAAGAACUCGCACUUUGUGGUGCGCACCACUCUGAAACCCAACGUGGUGCCCACGACGACGACGGGGACGCCAACCAUUAAGCCACCACGCCGCCGCACCACCACCGCCAGACCGGUGCUAACCACCGCUCCGGUUGUGGAGCAGCGCAUUGAAACCACCUCGGUGCCCACCAAAUUUGUGACUUUCCAAAUUGUGGAGACCACGACGCCGCCGGUGACUGAACCCACCCACCUGCAGGAGACUACAACAACCACAACCAGGCGGCACACAAGACCGACAGGGAGCAGCUCGGUAGCCAGCAGGACAACCAGCAAAACAACAACCACUAGCACGACUACAACAACAACAACAGCAGCUCCACCCACAACAACGAGCACAAAGGCAGCCGCAGGCACCCAGCGUCCAACACCGCCGCUGCGCACCACCACUGCAAAGCCGCAUAAAACACAUUCCAGCCGAAGGCCAGCGCCAGCAAAAAAGCCAGUCGGUUCGACAACAACCACCGCCAGUGGAACGCAAUCCACACGAAAGCCGGCCGACAGUCUGGCCAGUAGCAGCACCACUGCGAAUGGCACCACAGCCACCACAGCCACCACUUUACCAGCUCGCAGGCCAGUCGUUCAGACGAGCAGCAGCAGUAGUAGUAGUAGCAGUAGCUCCAGCUCAACAUCAACAACCACCGUGUUUAGAGAUGAAGUGACCAAGAACCGUACCACAACAAGGCAGCCGGAACGCACCACUCAAGCUCCGCGACCCAAACCAAAACCAACCGGGGAAAUUGUGAAGGUUCCCGCUCUGCUGGCUGAGCCAACAACAACCACUGUAGAAACAGAUUCAUCCAGCAGCAGCAGCCCGUCGAAGACGCCAGCAACUAGCACCACUCCUUUGGUAACCAAAAAGAGGCCAACCACCACCACUACAGCGCCGACAACAACAACCACUACAACAACAACACCAAAACCGACUCGAAAAUCCACAACAACAAAAGUUCCAGCAACAACCACUUCUAAGGCUACUACAACAAGCACCACAAAAGCAACAACAACAACCACCACCACAACUACAACUACAGCAAGACCCGUGCUCACCACCGAGGCAACAACCAGUGCACCCUUAACGACAACCACCAAAAAGACCGGCCUGAUUACCUGGACAGAUGUGGAGGCUGAGCCACCGACCAACGCCAGCAUUUCAAAUGAUUGGCAACCAGCACCACCUUCAAAUUGGGUACCCCUAGCCACCGAAACACCUGAAGCGACGAACAAAACAUCGGCUACCACAGCUCCACCCAGUGCCACCGACAAAGUGGUCAUCUCGGUGGCCACCAGCGUCAGUGAGGUGGAGACCCACGGCCCGGGUAAGCCGCAGAAGACCACAAAGCCACCUAAACCCACCAGCACAGCAAGGCCCACAACAACAACAACACCCUCUACGACCACUGCAGCACCGACAACCACAGUGAAAACCACAGAGGCACCAGCGAGCAGCAUAGAAUUAGCAUCAUCUACAUCAUCUUACACUGAUCUUAGCAGUGAGGUGGCUUCUAGCAGUAUCGCUAGCACCACCAGCAGCCCAACAACCACAGCUGAAACCACCGAUUAUAGCGGCGAAGAACCGAACACAACGACCAUCGAGGCUACAGGCACCACCACCGUGGCACCCGCCAAUGCAUUGGAGGGCGUCGAUUACAAGGAAGUCUGCGGUCGCCGCAUGUUCCCCGAGCCCCGUAUUGUUGGAGGAGCUAAUGCCGCCUUUGGUCGCUGGCCCUGGCAGAUCUCCCUGCGCCAGUGGCGCACCUCAACCUACCUGCACAAGUGCGGAGCUGCCCUGCUGAACGAGAACUGGGCGAUCACGGCGGCCCAUUGCGUGGACAAUGUGCCACCCUCUGAUCUCCUGCUGCGCCUGGGCGAGUACGAUCUGGCGGAGGAGGAGGAGCCCUACGGCUACCAGGAGCGACGUGUGCAGAUCGUCGCCUCGCAUCCGCAGUUUGAUCCGCGCACCUUCGAGUACGAUCUGGCCCUGCUCAGGUGCUACGAGCCCGUCGUCUUCCAGCCGAACAUCAUUCCCGUUUGCGUGCCCGACAACGAUGAGAACUUUAUUGGCCAGACUGCCUUCGUCACCGGCUGGGGCCGCCUGUAUGAGGACGGACCCCUGCCCAGCGUUCUGCAGGAGGUGGCCGUGCCCGUGAUUAACAACACCAUCUGUGAGUCCAUGUACCGCUCCGCGGGCUACAUCGAGCACAUACCGCACAUAUUUAUCUGCGCCGGUUGGAAGAAGGGCGGCUACGACUCCUGCGAAGGUGAUUCCGGUGGCCCCAUGGUGCUGCAAAGGGAGGCGGACAAGCGAUUCCAGCUUGGAGGCGUCAUCUCGUGGGGCAUCGGCUGUGCGGAGGCCAACCAGCCGGGCGUGUAUACGCGCAUCUCGGAGUUCCGGGACUGGAUCAACCAGAUUCUGCAGUUCUAGAUUCUAGAUCCCGCCGCGGCCAGAUCCUUAGUGAAUGCCUAGCCCGUCUUCCCCUUGAACGGCAUCGGAAUCCAACUGAAACUCGGACUCGUGCUCCGGUUAUGGAGAGAUCACAGGAUCAGAUUGGCCAUAACCCGAGCAACGAUUCCAGUUGCCACCAUUUACCUCCACCUGCCCGCACAGCAACCACUGAACCAGAAACUGAAACUCCCAUUGUCAUAAUCGUAAUCUAACACUUAGCGUUGCCUAGCCCUAGCCCUAAAACUAGUUAGUGAAUGUGAUUAACCAUAGAUCACUGUUGCAGUCACGGCUCUUGUAACGUAUUAAUCGAUUGGACUCCUAAUUUAUUCCCAUUUGCUGUACAUAAUUUUCUAAAUUAUUGCAUAACAUUUACACUUAGCUUUAGUCCUAUACAAUAUUAAAUUAGGGGACUCAACGUCUGUUGGGUCCUUCGGUAGGGCAUCAUUAUCACGUAAGUCGCUUCUUCCGGAAUCGAACCAUGCGGCAGAAGCUAUUGUAAUUUUAUUUUAUAACUUACUGUAAUUAUUUAUUUAUAGCAGCAUAUGCACUACAAAAUUAAUUCAAU